GAAAUGAAAAAUAAAUUUCUAUUAAAUUUCGUGAAAUGCUAGAAGUUUGUGUGGAUUCUUUAGAAUCUGCUUUUGCGGCUGUUGAAGGCGGAUGUUCUAGAAUAGAAUUAUGCUCAGCUCUUAGUGAGGGUGGCUUAACACCAAGUCCAGGAGUGCUUAAGGUCUUAAAAAGCCAAACAAAUAUACCAAUAUUUUGUAUGCUUCGACCUAGAGGGGGGUGGGACUUUCAGUAUUCUGACGAUGAGAUUACUGCAAUUUUACAUGAUAUAGAAAUAUUAAGUUCAUUGGGUGCAGAUGGUUUUGUAUUUGGUGCAUUAGAUAAACACGGAGAAGUAGAAGUUGAACAAUGUAAAACAAUUAUCCGUAAAUGCGGCAAAAAUGUUUCAGUGACAUUCCAUAGGGCGUUUGAUUUCACAAAUCCAAAAAAUAUGAUAACGAACUUGGAAUUGCUUGAGAAUUUAGGUUUCAGUAGAGUGUUAACAAGCGGUUUUGAAGAAACUGUAGAGCUUGGAUUAGAAAAUAUAAAAGAAAUGUCAACGUGGUCAAAAGACAAAAACCUUAUUAUAUUACCAGGAUCUGGAAUCAAUGAAAAAAAUCUAGAAAAAAUUUUGUUUCAAACAAAUUUGACGGAGUUUCAUUCUUCUGCAAAAAGGAAAAAAAGUCAUUUGCAUGGUACUCUUACUGGAAGUGGAAUUAAAUCUGAAAAUCAAGAUGUUUAUGUAACAGAUGCCACAAUAGUACAAAAGUUAGUCAAAAUAAUUGACAAUUUUAAAGUCCGCAAUACUUUGUAAAAUUCUCUAUUCUGAUACCUCAACAUUUCUCAGAAGGGAACAGUGAAACAGAUCGUGUUUUCCGGAAAAGAAAACAAAGCAAAUUUGAAGUUUUUCUUUUUCUAAGGAUUUAAUUCAUUUUAUUUUCUUUAAUGUUAAUUUUUUUUAUUAGUAUAGUACUUUUAUAUUAAUUUUCAAAUAAGUAAAUAAAAAAAAGGUUUCAAUUCGUUUGCAUAACUUUA